AUGGCGACCCAAGUAACGACGCUGACCGUGCUUGGGAAGCGCAAGAGCCCAGGAUCUCAUGUCGGAACCCUGAGACUGGUCGGGAGUGCAUCAGAAGUAUCGUGCUCUGAGCACUCCGACUUUGAACCAGAGAUCGUCAAGAACACCGCCAAACCGGUCCUGAUCAACGGCAAGCUCACGACUGGCACCAAAAAGCGCUAUCAGUGUACCUACGCUGGGUGCAGCAAGGCUUAUACAAAGCCUUCUAGACUGGCGAAACACGAGAGGACGCACACAGGAGAGAGACCCUUCGUCUGCGACACUUGCCAAAAAUCCUACUUUAGAGAAUCCCAUCUGCAGGCACACACUAGAACACAUCAACCCGAGGCAUCUCGACCCCUCGCAUGUGAUGUCAAAGGCUGCGGUAAACGGUUCUGGACUACUCAGCACCUCAAAGUCCACCAGGACUGGCACAAUGGUGCUAAGCCAUUCCUUUGUACAAAAGAGGAUUGUUGCGAGGCAUUUUCAAAACACCACCAACUGCGGGCUCAUAUCGCGGAAUUCCACUCCCCGCCCGGGACCAAACCCUAUAUCUGCGACCACGAAGGAUGCACCAAGUCAUUUAGCACCAAUCAACAUCUAAGAGCUCAUAAAAAGACCCACGAUCCUCACAGAUAUACAUGUGUUCACGCCGAUUGUCUCGCCAAAUCGGAAGAAACACCGAACUUUUUUCCAAACUGGACUGCUCUACAAAAUCACAUCCGCACUGCCCAUCCACCCACAUGUCACCAUGAUUCUUGUAGUGGCCGAACGUUCGCCUCCCAAAAAGGCUUGAGAGCUCAUCUCAAGCUGCACGAAGAGCGGGAAUUGGAAGCGCAGAUUCGUGGACAUGUUGAUUCUGACGCAGAAGAGGAUCUUGGACCUCCCAAGAAGCGGAGGCGUGGUGGUGAAAUAGGGCGAGACUGGAAGUGUGAUUUCGACGGGUGCACCAAAGACUUCAAAUCUAAAAAAGCGAUGACGAUCCACAAAAACGUCACGCACCUCGGGAAACGCGAUUUCGUAUGUCCAGACUGCGACAAAGCCUUUGGGUACAAACACCUUCUCCAGCGCCACACCGCAAAAUCCCAUUCUCAAAAUAGUUCGGACGAGGAGGGAGAUUCAGAAAGUACAACCUCAGACGAUGAGAAGCCAAAUCAUAUCGAACUUAUUACCGGCAAAACCUACUCGACCCAAGCCCAGCUCAAAGUCUCCCAAGGCAAAGCAGCGACUUGUCCUUUCCCUGAUCUCGAAGGCCUUGUGCAAUACCGGAUACCCAACACUGGCGACAUCAAACCGUGUGCGCACAUUUUCUCAAGGCUGUACGAUCUCAGGCGGCACUUGGCCGCCACCCAUGGUGUCAGGGUUGAAAAGGAGGUUCUUCGGGAAUGGAUGGAGAGGCGGAAGUCUGCGUCGUAA